CGCGCGAGCGCGCUGCGGCAUUGGCGUCGGCGUCGGCGCCGGCGCGCGCUCUGGAGCGAGUGGGCUAGGGAGGGAGAGAGGAGGCGGCGGCAGUGCCCCAGAGCCUAGGGGACGCGCGGGCCUCGCGCCGCGGGAGGAGACUGCUGCAGAGGGGAGCCCGGGCUCGCGGUCCGAGACCGGAGAGUGCGGUCUGUCGGCUGCUGGCCUCAGAGGUCGCCGGCCUUGUCCCUUGCCCGGAGUGGCCGCCGCCCCUGGAGACUCGUCUUGACACGGGCCUAAACCGCGGCGACUGCGGGUGUUCGGACCGCUGGGACCCGUCGGGCCGGGCUAGAUUGGGGCGAAAAUCCGUACGAGUGCCGACCCCUAGGGCCGACUGGGGACGAGUCGCCCACCGAGCGGCCCGCGGGCCGGGCUCGGCGGAGGGACCGCCCGCAAAGCCCCCCCCACUCCGUGGGUCGGAGCCGGAGUCGUGCCCCGCCUUCCCCGGGGACGCCCGACCGGAGCGGCGGGACCCGGGAGAGCCCGCGCCCGCCGCCGCCCGCCGCCGCCCGCCGGGCUCACGCGGGAGAGGAGGGAGGAAAAACUUUGCCUUUUAUUGUUGUUUUAGUCCUUAAGUGCCAGGAACUCUAUUAGCAGGAAAAAUGUCCUUCUUCAAUUUCCGUAAGAUCUUCAAGUUGGGGAGCGAGAAGAAGAAGAAGCAGUAUGAACAUGUGAAGAGGGACCUGAACCCUGAGGAGUUUUGGGAAAUUAUAGGAGAAUUGGGUGACGGUGCUUUUGGUAAAGUGUACAAGGCCCAGAAUAAAGAAACCAAUGUUUUAGCUGCUGCAAAGGUGAUUGACACCAAAUCUGAAGAAGAACUUGAAGAUUACAUGGUUGAAAUUGAUAUUUUAGCAUCUUGUGAUCACCCAAAUAUAGUCAAGCUUCUAGACGCCUUCUAUUAUGAGAACAAUCUUUGGAUCCUCAUUGAAUUUUGUGCAGGUGGAGCAGUGGAUGCUGUGAUGCUUGAACUGGAGAGACCAUUAACUGAGUCCCAAAUACAAGUCGUUUGUAAACAGACCUUAGAGGCGUUAAACUACUUACAUGAUAAUAAAAUCAUCCACAGAGAUCUAAAGGCUGGCAACAUUCUUUUAACCCUUGAUGGAGAUAUUAAGUUGGCGGAUUUUGGAGUAUCGGCUAAAAACACAAGGACAAUUCAAAGAAGAGAUUCCUUUAUUGGCACACCAUAUUGGAUGGCUCCUGAGGUAGUCAUGUGUGAAACGUCGAAGGACAGACCCUAUGACUACAAAGCUGACGUUUGGUCCCUGGGUAUCACUCUAAUAGAAAUGGCUGAAAUAGAACCACCGCAUCAUGAAUUAAAUCCAAUGCGAGUGUUGCUAAAAAUAGCAAAAUCUGAACCCCCUACAUUAGCACAGCCAUCUAAAUGGUCUGCAAAUUUUAAGGACUUUCUAAAGAAAUGCUUGGAAAAAAAUGUGGAUUCUAGGUGGACAACGUCCCAGCUCCUGCUGCAUCCCUUCGUUACUGUGGAUUCUAACAGACCAGUCCGAGAGUUGAUUGCAGAGGCAAAGGCUGAGGUAACAGAAGAAGUUGAAGAUGGAAAAGAGGAGGAUGAUGAUGAAGAAACAGAAAAUUCUCUGCCAAUACCUGCAAGUAAGCGUGCCUCCUCUGACCUUAGUAUUGCCAGCUCUGAAGAAGAUAAACUUUCACAGAAUGCUUGCAUUUUGGGAUCUGUCUCAGAAAAAACCGAAAGUAAUACUCCUGAAGAUAAAUUUAACAGCAGAGUUAUUAAUGAAAAACCCACUACUGACAAGCCUGAUAAAGUUAUGGAGGGUAUUGGUGAACAUACCAGUGACGCUCAUUUAGAAGCUGUGGCUGAACUCCAUAACAAAAAAGUAACAAUCAAGGACAGUGAGAGAGAGGAGAAGAGACCCAAGCUGGAAAAUCCGCCUGACACAGAAGACCAAGAAACAGUAGACAUGAAUUCAGUCAGUGAAGGAAAAGAGAGUAAUAGGAUCACUUUAGAAACAAAUAUGGAACAGAAUAUGGAACCUGAGGAAGGAGGAGAUCAGGAAAAGCAAACGGUAUUUGAAAAUAAGGUCAUAAAAUCUGAAGAAGAAAUUAAAGAUACUAUUCAAACAAUGGAUUUAGUUUCUCAAGAGACUGGAGAAAAAGAGGCAGAUACUCAGGCAGUUGACAAUGACGUUGAGCUUACAAAGGAGGAAGACAUCCAAGAGAAUUUGGGAAAAGAUGAGAAAUCUCAAGAAGAUGUGACCAGCGCUACGAGCAAUGUGAUAGGAACAAGUGAGGAGGCAGCAGGUGUUGCUCAGAAGGCUGUGGAAAACGACGCCGCGGAUGCGCGGAGUGACGAUGGGAAGGAGAUGGUUGAAGCAGGCCAGGAAUUAGCAAGUAAACCCACGGAGGGUCCUGAGGUCGGUGGUGCUGAGGACGUUUCUGUUAGAGAAAUAGUUGAUACUAACGAAAUAGACCAAAAAUCUGUAGAAGGUAAAGGUGAAAAACAGUUAAUCAAGAGUUCCGAGAACAUAGUGGAGACCAGGACAAAUGAAGCUGUGGAAACUACUGAGUCAAGCAGCACUGAAGAAAUAGAGGUCGGAAGUUCAGUGAUUCAUACUGACCACAAGGCUUCAGGAAGUGAAAUUCAGGAUGUUCGUGAAGCCACUACUCAGACAGAUACAGAACUAAAACAAAUUCCAUGUGAAGUGCCAAUUAAAACAGAACUUGAAGUUGCUGCUGCUUCACAGCCCAGUGAACCUCAGCCUGUUCCAAUACCUAGUAUUAAUAUCAACUCUGAAGAUGCAGAAAAGAAAGGGGAAAGAGAUGCUUUAUCAAAAACUGAAACCAUGUUGCUACCAGAAUCGGAGAAUCAAAAGGAAAAUGAUACUGAUUCAGGCACUGGUUCCACUGCUGAUAAUAGCAGCAUUGACUUGAAUUUAUCCAUCUCUAGCUUCCUAAGCAAAACUAAAGACAGUGGAUCUAUAUCUAUACAAGAAACAAGAAGACAAAAGAAAACAUUGAAGAAAACACGCAAAUUUGUUGUUGAUGGUGUAGAAGUGAGUGUAACAACAUCAAAGAUAGUCACAGAUAGUGAUUCCAAAACUGAAGAAUUGAGGUUUCUUAGACGCCAGGAACUUCGGGAAUUAAGAUUUCUGCAAAAAGAAGAGCAAAGAGCCCAACAACAGCUCAAUGGCAAACUGCAACAGCAGCGAGAACAGAUUUUCCGGCGCUUUGAGCAAGAAAUGAUGAGCAAAAAACGACAAUAUGACCAAGAAAUUGAGAAUCUAGAAAAACAGCAGAAACAGACUAUUGAACGUCUGGAACAAGAACAUACAAAUCGCUUGCGAGAUGAAGCCAAACGCAUUAAAGGAGAACAAGAGAAAGAGUUGUCCAAAUUUCAGAAUAUGUUGAAGAACCGGAAAAAGGAGGUUAUAAAUGAAGUGGAGAAAGCACCCAAAGAGCUGAGAAAAGAGCUUAUGAAACGCAGGAAAGAGGAGCUUGCACAAAGCCAGCAUGCUCAGGAACAAGAGUUUGUUCAGAAGCAGCAACAAGAAUUGGACGGCUCUCUGAAAAAGAUCAUCCAACAGCAGAAGGCAGAGUUAGCCAACAUUGAAAGGGAGUGCCUGAAUAACAAGCAGCAGCUCAUGAGAGCUCGAGAAGCUGCAAUUUGGGAGCUUGAGGAGCGACACUUACAAGAAAAACACCAGCUGCUCAAACAGCAACUUAAAGAUCAGUAUUUCAUGCAAAGACACCAGCUCCUCAAGCGCCAUGAGAAGGAAACGGAACAAAUGCACCGUUACAACCAACGACUUAUUGAGGAAUUGAAAAACAGACAGACUCAAGAGAGAGCAAGACUGCCUAAGAUUCAGCGUGGUGAAGCCAAGACUCGAAUGGCCAUGUUUAAGAAAAGUUUGAGAAUUAACUCAACGGCCACUCCAGAUCAGGACCGUGAAAAAAUUAAGCAGUUUGCUGCUCAAGAAGAAAGGAGGCAGAAAAAUGAGAGAAUGGCUCAGCAUCAAAAACACGAAAAUCAAAUGCGGGAUCUGCAGUUGCAGUGUGAAGCCAACGUCCGAGAGCUGCACCAGCUGCAGAAUGAAAAAUGUCACCUAUUGGUUGAACAUGAGACUCAGAAACUAAAGGAAUUAGAUGAAGAACACAGCCAGGAAUUAAAGGAAUGGAGAGAGAAAUUGAGACCUAGGAAAAAGACACUGGAGGAAGAAUUUGCCAGGAAGCUGCAGGAGCAGGAAGUGUUCUUUAAAAUGACUGGGGAGUCUGAAUGCCUUAACCCAUCAACACAGAGUCGGAUUUCCAAAUUCUAUCCUAUUCCUAGCCUGCAUUCCACUGGAUCGUAACAGUGGGAAGCAUCCUGUGGUCUGGUUUGGCUUUUAGAAUAUGUCAUUUUGUUCUCUUCAUCUUCUGCCACAGUCCGCAUUAGAGGGUGCACGAAGACAAUCAUCUGCCUCACCUUCUGGGUGGUUUUUGUGUGUUUGUCGUGUUUGUUUAGCAAAGAUGGAGGGCAAGGAGCUAAGACAGAUGCCAGGCCGCGUUGGCGUAUAGCAUCUUGCAGUAAUUCCCUAAGGUGAUUUUGUAUAUUAAUCUUAAAAAUUGUGUUCUUUAGACACUGUUACCUAAAAAAAUCUUAAGAGAUAUAAUGAUUAAAGUUAUUUUUUAAAAAACCUGUUAUGUCACUGAAUAUUAGUAAAUAUUGGUUUUUCUCAAUGAUGCCUGAAUUCUGUAGUUGAAACUCUGCUGUGGAGAGUUGGAGUAACUUUCUUUUGGUAAAUCAGCUCUCAUGAAAAUGCUAGGAGUUGCUCAAAAUAUGAUACUGAUUUAUUAAAUACAUCUAUUUUAUCUUUAAAUAGCAACAAAGUCUUUUAAAAGAGAAAAAUUAUUUCAGUAAUCUGUCUAAAUAAUUACCUGUUUAGGCGUGGCUAAUAUUCAGGGGUGCUAGUUUUAUUAAGACAGUGCCUAAAACACUAAACUUUAAUUGAGUCUAAAAAAGGGUUUCCUUGUUUGACUCAGCAAAACAUCCUUAGCAUUAAGUAUUAUUGUUUUUUAAAUCUUGCUUCUGUUACCAUUUGAUAGAAAUUUUCAUUCUAAAACAUGUGUUGUACAAAAUUGGGAACAAUGGGAAAAAAGUAGCUUUUAGAUGUUCUAAUUGGAAAUGUAAAACCUAACAAAUUAAAAGAAAUAGAGAGUUAGCUAUCCCACCUAAAAUAAUACAUGAGCUGGUUAGAUGACUUCUCCCAUCUUAGCAAAUUCUGUUCAUCGAAAACUCUGUCAGAGGCCUGCUGGCUCUGAGUUAUAUUUAUAAAUGUAUUUUCUGAAAUAGAUCUUAAAAGAGGCUUUUGUUCAGAAUACUUUUUUUUUUUUAAAUUAAAAUAGGCAAAUGUUGGAAAUGACUUAGUUGUUUUGAAAUAAAGUCAUUUAUAUUUUGGUUUUAUUUUGUUCUAUGUUUAAAUUAUUUACUUUGAUUUGAGUGGGAAAAGCCAGAAUCCUUUAUCAUGUGGUUGCUGAUAUGUGUAAUUAUUAAUGAAAUGCUCACUCUUAGUCCCUCUUGAGGCUUCGAGUUUCAAGCACGUGUCGGGUCGGACAGUGUCACACACGAACUGCACUGUGACACGUGAGACGGCACGUCUGUCAGUGACGCUUGCUGCCUGCCAUCAGCCUAUUCUCUCUCAAGAGUACUAGGUACCAACUCGUACAAGCUUCAGUUUUUGUUAUAUUACAUUUGAUGCUGGUGAAAAUUUUAAAUGUAACUGUGGGAACACUUGUCAUAUUGAGAAAAUGUAAAUAUCUGUAGCACUUUCUUGCAGUUAAUUUGAAAACUUUGAAUACUGAACCUUAUUUCGUCAAUGGUUUAGAUGAUUUAAAUGCAUGUGUGAUUUUCAUUUUGUAAUUGUUUUGACAAGCAUAAUUUACUUGGACAACUUUGUAGGUAGCCUUAACUUCUGGCCAAGUUUGUUUUUUAUAUAAAUAGAUAUAUACAUAUAUUAUGUAUGGUUGUAAAUUCAUACACUUACCACAUGAAUGUGUUACUGUAUACAAAACUCCUUUAAUGCUUUAUUCUCAAAUGCUGGGUUGAAAAAUGUUUUGAAAGCCUUUUAAAAAAUAUAUCUUUAUAAAGUAAUAUUCAGGAUGAUGAUGGACAUUGUUUAUAUUAUGAUAAAAAUGGCAGUAUAAAGUUACUUAGUGUAUUUAAUGAUUUAUUUUAAGAGGGAGAGGAGAAGAAGGUUCUCAAACCACUUUCUUUGAAAUUUUCAGGUUAUUGGCUUUUAAAAACUUAACACUUUAGGCAGUGACUUUUUUCAGAACCAUUUUAAUGAUAUUUUGAGUGCUAGUUUGUGGCACAUAAUCUUAUUUGAUCUGAAUAUUCAAGUCUUUUUAUUUCAACUUGACAUUCGGAGUGUUGAGUGGAGGAAAGAGGCUCGGAGUAGUCCCUCGCCCACUGCCGCAUCUCCCUCAACACCGCCCUUGGAUCCAGUGUUUCUGCUCGAGUCCUCUUUCAAACGUGACCGUGUUCUUGCGGCCACAGGACUACAAAAUGAGAAUAUGCAGAGGCGAAACAUUCAUUUUAAUACUUAAAGUUACAUAAAUACUUUGAAAAAGUGUUUUGUUACAGACCGUCCCUGCAGACUUCUUAGGCCCUCUGUUCCAGUAGAUGAUAGUGGUCUUGCUUGCAUGAAGUAUAGGUGGGGAGUGGGGGAGGGGCGCAGCCUUCUUUGAAAUCCAAGAGUACAGUCAGAUCUAUUCCUGAUUUGGACCUUGUUGCUGUGGCAGAAUGUGCUAUGAAAUGCGUAAAAGAAACCCUUCACGUGUGUACCCUGGUGACUCACCCCCUUCUCCCUGCGUGCUGUGAAUACACCAGACCGCCACGCUUCCGCAGGUCCAGCUCUCAGAGCUCGUCGCACCAGGUUGCCUUUCCUCGUCCUGUCAAUCCGUAGUUGGGAGCGAAUUGCUGAAUUAGCUGCUAUUCUGUAUAGAGUCACAAUUAAGCUUUUUCUUACCCUUUUCUGUGGGGAAGCUAUAGGGUGGGUAAGGAAGAAAUUGAGUGCUUAUACUUGGCUGAAAAUAUUAGAACUUUCCUCUGACAGGUUACAGCAAAUUGUAAUUAAAUAUAAACCAGAACCAGAGCUACCUCUAAGUAGUGUUUCCUCAAGCACAAAGCUCUCAGGCAUACGAGAUCCACUCUAAUGGAGGGUCUCUGAUUUCUUGAGCAUCAGCGAGUUUCAGAAGUGACUGUCUUUUGUACUCUUUUCAGUUCCUUUGUAACUACACACUCUUUCCCAUUCCACACUGUGCUUAAAUGACAAAGUCUCUUCUGAGAAGCCAAAUUCUGUCAAAUGAUUAGCUAGAGAUAGUGUUGAUUAAAGGAAAACCUAGAACUGAGAUGAAAGAGGAGAGUUAGUUCUAGUUCUAAUAGUCUUCUGAUUAAAUAAAUCAAUUCUUUUCUGGGAAAUGAUCUUUUAUAGGAAACGGGAUAUUUUAAAUGCUUUUCUUAAGUUGAGGGCACAACAGUUAAUGCCUCUAUUGUCGCUUUUCUGUGGCUGACAUGGUUUUGAUACAGCUUUAAAAUUUCUGCUUCUAGGCUUUGGGUAGAAUGUUACACCAGUUUUAAAUGUUGGCUGCAGCUUUCUGUGAUCCUCUGAUUUGCAGUGUAAUAACUUCACAAGCCGAAUUUUCAGAAAGAACUUUGUUUCAGAUCAUGCCUCUUGUCUAUUUGGGAGCAAUGUGUCUUUUCAAUCAUGGGAUUGACAAAUGAACAAUAAAGUUAUUUCUUAAUCUGUGUUGA